AUGGUCGGAACACGUAAAAGAGCUGCGGACGAAUCUGCAGGGCCAGCGACGCGUUCGUCGAAGGUCGCGAAGACCAAGAAGGCGGCGUCGCCUGGGAAGGCAGCCAAAGGUGGAAAAGGAGCCAAGGCCGCGCCCUCUACCUCCAAUUUCAAGGCGAAGGCCCUGCCCAUUCAUAUCCACAUGACGCAUACUCCUGCGAGCAUUGACGAAGAUACCGUUUCUACAGCGUCAAAGGAUCCAGGAUCGUUGGGCUCGGUGACACUUUUGCCCAGCACUUUCUCUACUGGCAGCUACGGCUGGAAGGGGAGCAAGCGCAUCACCGUCGAGCUUCAAAACACAGAGAACGGGGAAGAGAAAGAGACAGUUCAAGUUAUGGUAACGAUCAAUGCUGCUGUCCUGGGGAGCAAGAAUGCGAAGCAUGACGGCGAGGAGGAAGCCGCUGCAGAAGAUGGCAAAGUUGAAGAACAAGCUGCCGAAGAUGCCAACGCUGCCAAAGACGCGGAGGCUGCAGAACAAACAGAGCUCACAGAUCAAGCCGAGGCUGAGGAUAAAACCGAGUCAGCGUAG